AUGGCUCUUCCGGCCUUCCAGAUGGUCUUUGGGUACGGGUACCAGGGGCAGCUCCUGAUUGAUGCCACAUGGAAUGCUCUCUGGGUGGCCAUGACCUCUGUCGGAAUGAUCUUCGGCGGGGUGGUCUGCGGCACGUUUUCGGACCUCUGGGGGAGGAAGGCUGGUAUGCUCCUGGGGUCAAUCCUUUCCACUAUCAGUAUGGCUGUUCAGUAUAUUGCUGGGAGCGCUAGUGUUCUUCUUGCAGGAAAGAUUUGGGCAUUCCCUAGCGCCAUUAUCCUCUUCCUAACCAUUCUCCCUGAAAGCCCGCACUACCUCAUGCACAAAGGCAAACUGGAAGCAGCUAAGAAAAGCCUCAAGACCCUCCACACCCCGCAAUACAAUAUCUCCCUAGCCAUCUCCUCCCUCCAACAGGAGAGCAUUGCAGAAGCCAUAACCAGCCAAAGCAGCUUCAGCACAGGCCUCCUAGGCAAUGUCCUCAUGUGGAUUGCCAUGGGCUAUAUCAGUCACCAACCUAUGCUCUUCACUAGUACCCUGGUCAACCUAAUCAUCCUCCUAACAGUGGGCAUAGCUGGUAUCUUCAGCGCCUAUAAAUCCGUAAUGCUUUACAUCACCAUCAUGAUCAACUUCAUGUAG